AUGUUGUGUCCACGUGUACGUGUUGUGUCCAGGUGUACGUGUUAUGUCCAGGUGUACGUGUUGUGUCCAGGUGUACGUGUUGUGUCCAGGUGUACGUGUUAUGUCCAGGUGUACGUGUUAUGUCCAGGUGUACGUGUUGUGUCCAGGUGUACGUGUUGUGUUCACGUGUGCGUGUUGUGUCCAGGUGUACGUGUUGUGUCCAGGUGUGAGUGUUGUGUCCAGGUGUACGUGUUGUGUCCAGGUGUACGUGUUGUGUCCAGGUGUGAGUGUUGUGUCCACGUGUGCGUGUUGUGUCCACGUGUACGUGUUGUGUCCAGGUGUACGUGUUGUGUCCAGGUGUACGUGUUGUGUCCAGGUGUACGUGUUGUGUCCAGGUGUGAGUGUUGUGUCCAGGUGUGCGUGUUGUGUCCAGGUGUACGUGUUGUGUCCAGGUGUGAGUGUUGUGUCCAGGU